UCUUUUCUCUUCUGAUCUAAUGGUUACAAAAACAGAGGACAAGUGUCGCGCUAUAACUACGGUUCUUUCGAAAACACAGUUCUUAUAAAUUUUUCUUCCGGAUAGCUCCGGCGUGGGCAAACGAUUUCUGCGUCACCUGGCCGGCGGCCGCCGCUUCCUAAAUCGAGUUGGCGACCGCGUUUUAACGGCUCCGAGCAUUGGCCUUCUUCUGCUGCUCGUGCCUUUCCCCACUCGCUCUCUUUCUCGGUUCUGACAAGUGACGAAUCCGAGUGCGGGAUCGACCAUGGAAGAAGCGGCGUGCAGGAAGCUGGUCAAUGUUCUGCUACCAAUCUUGCUCUGCCUCGUCGGCGCGUCGAGGGCGCAGCCGUACAUCGGCGUCAACUACGGCGAGGUGGCGGACAACCUGCCGUCGCCCGACGAGACGGUGAAGCUGCUCAAGUCCACGGCGAUCUCGAAGGUCCGCCUCUACGGCGUCGACGCGGGGCUCAUCCGCGCGCUUGCCGGCUCCAGCAUCUCCGUCGUGGUCGGCGUGGCCAACGGCGACAUCCCCGGGCUCGCCGCCGACCCCGCCGCCGCGUCCCGCUGGCUCGCCGCCAACGUGAUGCCCUUCGUCCCGGCGACCACCAUCUCCGUCGUCGCCGUCGGCAACGAGGUGCUCGAGUCCGGGGACGCCUCCCUGGCCGCCGCGCUCCUCCCGGCGAUGCAGAACCUCCGCGCCGCCGCCGUCGCGGCCGGUGACGGUGCCGCGGAGAUCAAGUUCUCCACCGUCAACACCAUGGCCGUGCUCGCGCAGUCCGACCCGCCGUCCACCGGCGCGUUCCACCACGACAUCGCCCCCCAGCUGCAGCAGAUCCUGGGGUUCCUGAGCAAGACCAGCGCGCCCUUCAUGAUCAACCCCUACCCCUGGUUCGCGUACCAGUCGGACCCGCGACCGGAGACGCUGGCCUUCUGCCUGUUCCAGCCCAAUGCCGGACGCGUCGACGCCGGGUCCAAGAUCAAGUACACCAACAUGUUCGACGCGCAGCUGGACGCGGUCAAGUCGGCGCUGGGACGCGCCGGGUACGGGGACGUGGAGAUCGUGGUGGCCGAGACCGGGUGGCCGACGAAAGGCGACUCCGGGGAGGCCGGCGCCACGGUGGACAACGCCAAGGCGUACGUGUCGAACCUGGUCGCGCACCUGCUGUCGGGGGUGGGCACGCCGCUGAUGCCCGGCAAGUCGGUGGACACGUACCUGUUCGCGCUCUACGACGAGGACCUCAAGCCCGGGCCGACCUCGGAGCGGUCGUUCGGGCUGUACCACACCGACCUCAGCAUGGCGUACGAUGCCGGGCUGACGUCGACGUCGGGGAGCGCGGGGAGCCCGAGCGGCGGGGGUGCGGCGGAGCAGCCGAAGAGUGCGGGGUGGUGCGUGGCACGGGACGGCGCGUCGGACGCGGACCUGCAGACGGACCUGGACUACGCGUGCGCGCAGGUGGGCGUGGACUGCGGCGCCAUCCAACCCGGGGGCGCGUGCUUCGAGCCCAACACGGUGCGCGCCCACGCCGCGUACGCCAUGAAUCAGCUGUACCAGGCGGCGGGGCGGCACCCCUGGAACUGCGACUUCCGGCAGUCCGCCACGCUCACCUCCGACAACCCAAGCUACGGCUCGUGCGUGUACACCGGAGGCCAAUAGUGGCGCGGGCAAUCAACCCCGACAGCCACUCCAUGGCACACAAUUAUUUUUUUGCGAUCGAGUACCAUGACGAGUGACGAUCUGGGCCUACGUGUAGCGGUCUGGAUGAAUGGAAUAAAGCUACAAAUAAUGGUGGUGGUUGUUGUGGUGUGGGGAUGCAAAACAUCCGCUGUUUCGUCGUAGAUUCGUAGCAGAUGUUUCCUUCCUUCGCUUCGUUUCAGCUGCUUUUGUGUGCAGAAAAGAGACUAGAGAUGGCGGCCAUAUAUAAUGGCUAGCGCUUUGGGUCUAUAACUAGAAUUAUUCGGUUGUACCAUUUACUAUUCAUAAGUUAUAUAUAAUUUGUUUUCAGUUA